UUUACUCAUAUUUGUAAAUGUAUGCUCGAGAAAAUGUAGGUAUUUUAGUAAUUUUUGAUGUGUCCUACAUUAGUAUAGUAUAAUCCAAAACUCAUAGUCUCAUACCCACGCUUUCUCUUCUCGGAACCUUUUUUUUAUAGCCUAAAAACCACCCUCCAUUGCCUCCAUUCCCGUUAUUUUCGUCACCAUUCACUCCACUUUUCUGUGUUCCUUAGGGUUAGGUUGUCAGUCUUUUAAAAUAGCCAGUACCAAUAUGACUAUCUACUUCGUUUCGUGUAACUUAUUCCGUUCUCAUUAAAACUUUUAAAAAUGGUAAUUGGUUCCUAAUUUGAGUUUCUCCUGUACAUUCUAAGUAAAAGUAAGUGUCCGAUCCCGUUUAAAUCCGUAUCUACGAUCAGAUCUUUGAAACAAUCGUACCAUGUCUUCGCAUCCAGACUCGUCAGCAGCGUCCGUCCUACCACCGCAAAAAUUGACUCAUAUCACCACUUACGGCGACAGCUUAUUCAUCAAAGUAUGGGGUGUAGUUGAAAAAGAUAAGGCUGAUUUCUUACACGACGUGAUCAAUAAAUUCGUUCCGAAACUGUCCAAAGAUGUAGAUCCACUCUGCAGUUCAUCAUCAGAAUUGAAACCGGGGAAAUUAGUUUUAGCGGUUUACGACAACCAAUUUUAUCGUGCGGAAGUAAAAAAAUUCGAUAAUAAUUGUGAGACCAGCAAGGAGGUUACUGUAUUUUUCAUAGAUUUGGGCGUAAUAACCUCUGUAAAUGUGAGCGAUGUACGUCUCGCAGACGUUAUAAUAGAUUCUUUUUCGAGUAAUAAGGGCUUCGCCGAAGAUUAUAUUUUGAAUGGAGUAAUCGCUAGUAAACAAUGGAACGAUGAAGAAUUAAAAUUGGCGAAUACGUUAUUGGAAGAUUGCGCUGGAAUAGGAAUCAGUUUCACCGGAAUUAUUUGUAAUAGACGAAUCAUCGAAGUUGGAUUUUGUACAUCAUUAAUCCAACAUGGAUUAGCUAACGUCAUUGCCGACGAUCUGCUAUGUCGCUUGAUCUACGAUCAUUGUGAUCUUAGUACAUGUUCGAAUAGCCAAAAUCAAACAUCUAUGCAGUAUAUUCAACCUGUUGAUCUAGCUUUGAGUUAUACGUAUUCUAGUACAUUACCGGUUGAUUCGAUUCACGAUGUAAUUAUUUCCCAUGUUAUAAAUGGAAUGAGCGAGUUCAGCGUUCAGUUGAAGAAAUGUGUCGACGUUCAUUUACCCGAGUUCAUGGCGAAAAUCAAUAAAAUCAGUCCAACACUGUUUACUAAUGAAAUAAAAUCAGGAGCUGUAUGUUUGGGUAGAUGUGCUCAAGAUGGAAAGCUUCGUCGUGCGGUAGUUUCUAAUGUGUUACCAGAAGGAGUAGCGUUAUACUAUGUAGACUUCGGAGGUUCAGAAAUAGUUCUUUUCAAUGAGGUUUAUACACUACCGAUCGAAUUUCUGCCGCAGCCAACUAUGGCGUAUCGGUUUUCUUUAGCAGACUCUAAUAGUGAUCAUACUCCUUUGACCAGCGAAGCCCACAGUAUAUUUACAAAAUUAAUCUCACAAGGAGAUACCUUAAAAUUAAGAGUAAUUGAACCACUGGAAAUGCAGCAGCGUUGCGAAUUAUUUGAAUGCGUCAAUGUGAAAUCUAAAGUACGCGAUCUCUUAAAAAUUAUGAAAUCGGCCGAAUACAAACAUAUGUCUUUCGAAAGAAAUCAAAUGAUUGACGUAAAUAUUCCGUACGCCGAGUCGCCUCUUAAAAUGCUGAUACAAUUGAAAAAAAAUCAUCACAUAUUGGAAGAAGUUAUGAAAUCAGUCGAGAAAAACAUCCUGCAUAUUGAAAAAAGCAGUGAUUUAGCUCGCCGAUUUGUUGUCAAGAAUACCGCAGUCUAUGCUCCUUAUGAAGACGAUAGAUUUUAUCGAGGAUUAGUGAUCGAAGAAGCUGAUGUAGAAGGUCGCAUUCGUGUUUUCUACGUAGAUUUCGGUCAGGAUUAUCUUGUCCACUGGAGUAAAAUUCAUUUUCCAGGAAAUGAUUCCGUUAUGAAUGUUCCGGCUCUGGCCACCGAAUGUGCUCUGAAUAUCGAUCCAGCCAUCGUAACUCAUCAAAAAGUCAUCGAUACUUUUUGGGAUUUCAUUGACUGUGACAAUCUCUCGAUGAGUGUUAAGGAUAUUUCAUCUUCGAAUAUCGUAUAUAUUGAUUUGAUAAACAAGGAUGGAUUAAGUCUGGAAAAUCUACUGAAGCAGAGUUAUGCUACUGCUUUAGCAAAAUUAACACCUGGUGAACUGAUCUAUAAAACUAUCUCCGAACAAGACGAUGAAGUCGAUUCAAGUCUGAUUUCAUACGUGAAUCCGGCGUAUAGAAAUAUGUUGAAAAUUCUCGAAAGAACGAGAUAUUCUUUUUUUUUAACAUCGUCAUACAAGCAAUACGGACCUCCACCAAACUGGAAUGGAGAAUCGCCCGGAGAAAGUUGUAAGGUCACCUUUAGAGGUAUCCCCCAAAAUGUUUGCGAAGAUGCGCUAAUUACGCAUUUUGAAAGAAUUGGUCAAAUUUACGAAUUUCGUUUGAUGAUAAAAAAAUCUGGAGAGCAUAUGGGCAUAGCUACAGUCGUUUUCGUCAACGAAGAAAUCACUGCUCUAGUAUUAAAGCAGCUAGCAUCGUUUGAAAACAUUUUCCCUGGAAUCCAGUUAACUCGUUUUGGAAUUAAAGAUUUGAUGCGAAUGGACAAACUGCAUCUUUGCAACAUUUGCACAAUUGAGAAGUUUCUCCCAUGCAUAUGCAUUAUCAAGAAACUAAAAGAAAUCACUAUUUUAAAAAACGAAGUGCGAAAAAUUAAAAAGCAAAUGCUCAACUCCAAAUUAAAAGAAAAACUCGAGCAAAUUGAUGAAAUUAAUCUAGCGAAGUAUUCAAUUCAUUCAUCCCUUAUCGAAUCUAAAAAAAACCAGCAGACAGCAAGCGAGAUUUCAGGGAUCAUAAAAACGUCUGCGGAUGCUGCUAAUUCAGAGUUUUCGUUGUCUGUGAAAACGCUUUGUAAAUUACACCGAUCUCUAAUGCCAGAAAAUGAACCUAGAGGAGAAAUAAAAUCGGCUGACAAUGUCAUACUUGGCGUAUAUUACAAGACAAUGACAACUACGCCAGUUAGCGAAAUUUCAGAAUCCUUAGAGAUUCUUGAUAUGACUGGAAAAGCUUUAUACGAUGCUGACUCCGAUGAUAUUCACGAAUUAGCCGCUGCAUCUAUAAUCAAACUGAUGAUGUUAAUGUACCACCCGUUCCCGGACGGCAACGGCCGGUUGAGCCGAUUGAUAUUCAGCCAAUAUUUAAAAUCCAAAGACGAUUCGUACCCAUGGAUCGUAUUUCCGUUUCGCGAGAAACAAAAAUAUUUCGCGUCCUUAUACGUAGCUGAGAGCCAAGAAGCAGAUAUGACUCCUUUUCUACAUUACAUCGCUGAUGUUGUCAAGAAAAAUCUACAAGUAUAUUUGAGUGAACUACAAACCACAAGAUAGGAAAAGCCCGAUGAUUAUUUAAUCCACCUUGUAUUUUCUUAGGUUCCUUUAAAGAAAUUUAACUAUACGGAAUGUUCCUUUUUUUAAAAGACUGGUGCAAUUUCAAACUAUGUGAUUGUGUGUUUUUAUCGCUUUUUAUCCCAUAAUUGGAGUUGUGUUUACUCGAUGGGUAAUUUUGUCAUUUUUUAAAAAUCGUAUAGGUAAAUGUAGUGAUGUUAAUAAUGUGUAAAAAAAUAAUAAUUUGCACUCAUGAAGGAUAUAA